UGAGCUGGAGAAGGGCGGUGUCUCAAUCCUACAGGCGUCACCUACCUCACCCACCACUUGUCUCCAGCUCAUCCUCUGGUCCCUCCCUUCCCAAUGGGCCCCAAGCUCCAGAUACCCAUCUGGGUGAGCCAGCCAGAGGGACCGGCUGUGCCAGAGGGAAGCAAACAACUAUUAGGGCACAGGGCUGUGGGCGAGGGUAAAAAAGCCAGGAUAUUAGGCCGGGAGCUUGGGGGAGAGAGACUACGAGAGAGCCCCCAAGAACAUCCGGGAGAAACCCUCAGCCCCCACCCAGGGCUAAGCCGAAGCCCAGCCCUGGACUUCCUGCUGCUCAUCUCCAGGCCACCUGCUGCCAGGGUCCAAGUUUGGGGCUUUUCUCCUUUCCUCCCACCAUGGCGGUGUACCGUGUGUGUGUGACCACUGGCCAUUACUUCAAGGCUGGCACGCUGGAUAGCAUUUCGGUUACACUGGUGGGCACGUGUGGCGAGAGCCCCAAGCAAGUUCUGGAUCAUCCGGGCAGGGACUUCACCCCUGGAUCGGUGCAGAAGUAUAAGGUGCGUUGUUCAGUAGAACUGGGGGAGCUCUUGCUGCUGCGUCUGCACAAGGAGCGAUAUGCUUUAUUCCACAAGGACUCCUGGUACUGUAGCUGCAUCUGUGUCACUGCUCCUGAUGGGACCUUUUAUCACUUCCCCUGCUAUCAGUGGAUUGAGGGUUUCUGCACCAUAGAGCUUCGACCAGGAACAGCAAGAACUAUUUGUCAGGAUUCUCUCCCCCUCCUUCUGGAUCACAGGAAACGAGAACUCCAGGCCCGACAGGAUUGCUACCGCUGGAAAGUCUAUGCCCCUGGCUUUCCCCGCAUGGUGGAUGUCAGCUGUUUUGAGGAGAUGGAAUCAGAUAAGAGAUUUUCUUUAACCAAGACCUCACCCUGUGCAGACCAAGACGAAAGCAGUGGGAAUCGAUACCUGCCUGGCUUCCCUAUGAAAGUCGACAUCCCGUCUCUGCUGCACAUGGAGCCCAAUAUACGCUACUCGGUCACCAAGACGACCUCGCUGCUCCUCAAUGCCAUCCCAGCGUCCUUAGGCAUGAAGCUUCGGGGACUGCUGGACCGAAAGGGCUCUUGGAAGAAACUGGAUGACUUGAGAAAUAUCUUCUGGUGCCACAAGACCUUCACUUCAGAAUAUGUCAAAGAACACUGGUAUGAGGAUCACUUCUUUGGGUACCAGUAUCUGAAUGGCGUCAACCCUGUCAUGAUCCAUUGCAUCUCCCGCUUGCCCAGCAAGCUGCCUGUCACAAAUGACAUGGUGGCCCCCUUGCUGGGACAGGACACCUGCCUGCAGGCUGAGCUAGAGCUGGGGAACAUCUUUCUAGCGGACUACUGGAUCCUGGAGGAGGCCCCUGUGCACUGUCUGAACGGUCGCCAGCAGUACGUGGCCGCCCCACUCUGCCUUUUGUGGAUCAACCCCCAGGGGGCGCUGGUACCCUUGGCGAUCCAGCUCAGCCAGACCCCGGGGCCAGAUAGUCCCAUCUUUCUGCCCACUGACUCCGACUGGGACUGGCUGCUGGCCAAGACGUGGGUGCGCAACUCUGAGUUCCUGAUACACGAGAACAACACACACUUUCUAUGCACGCACUUGCUGUGCGAGGCCUUCGCCAUGGCCACGCUGCGGCAGCUGCCUCUCUGCCAUCCCAUCUACAAGCUCCUGCUUCCCCACACUCGCUACACGCUGCAGGUGAACACCAUCGCCCGGGCCACGCUGCUCAACCCUGAGGGCCUGGUGGACCAGGUUACAUCCAUCGGGAGACAAGGCCUCAUCUACCUCAUGAGCACCGGUCUGACUCACUUCUCCUACAUCAAUUUCUGCCUUCCGGACAGCCUGCGGGCUCGAGGUGUCCUGACCAUCCCCAACUACUACUACCGAGACGAUGGUCUGAAGAUCUGGGCAGCCAUUGAAAGUUUUGUCUCAGAAAUCGUGGACUACUAUUAUUCCAGUGAUGCAUCCGUGCAGCAAGAUUUGGAGCUGCAGGCCUGGGUCGACGAGAUUUUUACUCAGGCGUUUCUGGGCCGGGAAAGCUCAGGCUUCCCACACAGGCUGUGCAGCCUGGCAGAGCUGGUGAAGUUCCUGACUGCAAUCAUCUUCAACUGCUCCGCCCAGCACGCUGCUGUCAACAGUGGGCAGCAUGACUUUGGGUCCUGGAUGCCCAAUGCCCCCAUCAUCCAUGAGAACCCCCACCUCAGACCCAAAGGAACCGCUACCCUGAAGAGUUACCUGGACACGCUCCCAGAAGUGAACGUCACCUGUAACAACCUACUCCUCUUUUGGUUGGUCAGCCAAGAACCCAAGGACCAGCGGCCCCUGGGCACCUAUCCUGACCAGCAUUUCACUGAGGAGGCCCCGUGUCAGAGCAUUGCUGCCUUCCAGAACCGCCUGGCCCAGAUAUCACGAGAAAUCCAGGAGAGGAACCAGAGCCUGGCACUUCCCUACAUCUAUCUGGACCCUCCCCUCAUCGAGAACAGUGUCUCUAUCUAGCCCCUUCUUCCUACUGUCCUGGAAGAAAGGCCUAUCACUAGGAGGACCAGCAGCCUCUUAGGGUCCUCCAGGUCCUUCUAGCUUGUCUGUUCUCAGUCAACUGCAAUUUUUAACUCUGAACCUAGGAAUCUUUUCUGCACAAAAUAGCUCUAGCAGUAUGAACUGCCCUAAACUGUGAGGGACCAGUACAGUAGUGUCCAGGGUGAGACGUCACUGGCCAAAGACAAACGCACAACAGGCCCAUCUGAAAGGAAGGAAUCCUACCACCUCUUGCCCAAUUUUGGGCAACCUCAUACUCCCAUCUCUUGUGAAAAUCUACCUCUUCUUAUCGACUUCCUCAGUCUGGGAUUCUGUGCUCUCCUGCUCAGUUUUUUCCCCAAUUCCCUCAAAUCUUUCUCAUAACUUUCUCCUUUAAAAGUUGAGAACGAACCCGUUUAGCUUCCUUCUCUGGAACUACCUAGAAAUUGGGUACGAGAGGAUGUGUGCCCUCAACCUGCUAUGUGAUCAGCUCUGAAACCAGUAUCUUUAAGGGGAGGCUCAGAGUUAGAGCCCAGCUUACUUGGAGAUCUGUUUACCAUCAAUUCCUGUUUUUAUUUACACCAUCAUCUCUCUCACCCAUUUUUUUUUUUUUUUGGUUCUUGAGGCCAACAAGUUCAACAUGUUCAAUAACAAACAUUAUUUGGCAUCCAUUUUGUGUUUUGGUGUG